CUCCUUCCCCCCCCGCUGGGCGGGACCGGCGGCAGCUGCAGGUGUCGCUGUCGCCGUCGGGUCGUGGCGCUGUCGCGACAGUGGCGGGGGGCGCAUGACGGAGCCGCCCGGGGACAACGAACCGGCGGGUCCCCCCGAGCCGCCCCCCGGGGCCGGGCACGGCAGCAAGAUGCAGCGGCUCAAGCGGUCACUGUCCCUGCGGACGCUGCUGCGGAGCAAGAGCGUGGAGAACCUGUUCCCGCGGGGGGGCGCAGGGCCCCGGGACCCCACGUCGUCCCCCCCCCCGCGGCCCCACGGCUUCCAGCACUACGUGUUCAAGAAGCACUGUCCGUGCGAGCUGUGCCGGCAGCUCAUCGCGGGGAACUCGCGGCAGGGCCUGCGGUGCAAGGCGUGCAAGGCCGGGGUGCACCUCUGGUGCUCCGAGGGGAUCUCGCACCAGCAAUGUCCCGGCAAGACGGCUACCGCUUUCCACCGCAAUCUCAGCUCGCCACUGCUGCUGCCGGAGCAGGGGGGCUCCGCUCAGGGUGAGCCCCCCCCAGCCCCCGGUGUGAGGGUGGACCCGGUGUACGAGGCGCUGCGGUUCGGCACCUCCCUGGCACACGGCAGCGGCCCCACGGAGCUGCCCCCCGGCAUCCAGGGUGACAAGGUGGCAGCCGGGGAGGACAGCGGGGACACCCCCAGCGAUGCAGGGAGCCCGAGUGGCAGCGCUGUGACCCCAGCAGAGAGGGACAGUGUGGAGGAGAAGAGCCCCGGGCAGCAGGCUGCCGGGGGGCCGGCGCGGUGGGACGGGGCCCCCAUGUUCUCCUACGUGGCGCUCUACAAAUUCGUGCCCCAGGAGCAGCAGGACCUGGCGCUGCAGCCCGGGGACAGGGUGACACUGGUGGACGACUCCAACGAGGACUGGUGGAAGGGGAAGGUGGGCGACCGGCUCGGCUUCUUCCCGGCCAACUUCGUGCAGCGCGUCCGUCCCGGCGAGAGCGUCUGGCGGAGCUGCCGCGCCGUGCAGGGUGACAAGGAGAGGGGACACAUCAGCCUCAGGGAGAACCAGAUCUGCGUUGGUGUGGGCAGGACACAGGGGCUCGUCCGGGUGACAAGUGGCAGGAAGAGGGGGCUGGUCCCCGCCGAGGUGCUGACCGAGAUCUGAGGGGCAGCGUCCAGCCCCCCCAGUGUCCCUGUCCCCUUCCCGGUGCCACCACCCCCCCCAGAUCACCUCAGGAAGCCACGUCGGGGUGGGACUUGACCCCCAGAGCCUGUCCCCAGUGUCCCCAUCGCUCGGGGUCCUGACUGAGGCACGGGCCCUGCUGGCGUGGGGCAGGGGACACGGGGGUGACAGGGGACACGGGGGUGACACUGCCCGCGGAUGGGUCACCCACAUGGCUGCUCACAAACCCUCACACGUGUGUGUGUGUGUGUGUGUGUGUGUGUGCACUAGCACGGGCGUGCAAAUCCCCGUGCACACCCCAGGGCACACACCUGUGCACUGACACAUGUGUGCCCUACGCGCACCUGUCCCUGUGCACCGACACGCUGUGCACACCUGUCCCUGUGCACCAACACGUAUGUGCCCUGUGCACACCUGUCCCUGUGCACCAACACGUGUGUGCCCUGUGCGCACCUGUCCCUGUGCACCAACACGCUGUGCACACCUGUCCCUGUGCACCAACACGCGUGUGUUGCACAUGCUCAGCGCACCCAAGCAAUAACCCGCCCGUGCUCAGGCAGCGCCCAGCCCCAGAAUCCUCAAUUAAAUUAAUUAAUGGCUGCUGCCGCCGUGG